UUUGUCAAGCCGGCGUAGUGUGGACGUCCUUCUUCUUUCUGGGAAUAUUAGCAUUAAACUGAUAGAGUGCCGCUAUGGAUUCAGCACUGAUGAUAUGUGUCAAAUGCCAGCGACGUCUUGGGAGAGUUAUUCGCAGGUCGUUCUCAGUACACAAUCACAGCUUGCUACAGAGGAACUACUAUCAGGUUCUAGGGGUCAAAAGGGCUGCCACGCCAAGUGAAAUAAAGGCAGCGUAUAUCGAUCUAUCAAAAAAGUUACAUCCUGAUGCUAGUCUGAGUAGACUGCAUCAAGGUGAACAGCAGGACCAGCACAAUUCCUUUGUUGAACUCAACCAAGCCUAUGCAGUAUUGAGCAAGUCGCUGUCAAGACGAGAGUAUGAUUUCAGCCUGAGUAAUCCCGGUACCCAGACGGUCGGUGUCCGCGUCAGGAGAGCCGCACACGCCACAGCGGAUGAUCCGUACGGGGCACAACAGGGAGAGCAUGAUUGGUACAGAGACCUGGGUUCUUUCCAUCAAGGCACCCAGAACGCUGGAUCAUGGGAUAGUUACUACGGUAUAAAGGGUGUCCGUAGAGUCAAAAGUGUCUACGUUGUCUACGGCUGUAUUUUAUUCCUGGUAGUAGGAGCUAUGGUGCAUUUCAUUAUUUUCAAGCAAAGUAGUGACUACGUCAUUAGCAGGUUAGAUGAGAAAGACCGAAGAAUAGCCACCAUUUACAAUGAAGCGAAGGCCAGAGCAAGGCAAAAUGGCAACAAGAAACAGAUUGAGUUGCUGAGAGCAAGACAAGAGGAGUUCAACCUGAAGCGCAAAGACGAUCAGAGAUGAUACCUGUCUGGUGUCUGCCAAUGAUAAGUGAGCUGCACAUUGCCUGCCUCUUUUCUUCCCACCAGAAUUUCUCGCCAUCAUUUGAGCUGCCACCAGCAGUUAGACCAUGUGCAUGUGACCUAAACCUCUUUGGGCAUAUUUUAACAGUAGCAAUGUAACUGAUUUAUUAUUUUAGUCUUUCUUCGUUUUAUGAAUGCUCCUUGUUGUUAGUAACGAAACCAAGCAUUCCUCAAAGCUGCCCAUGCCGCUGUUGCCCGCAUGCUUUGAGAAGUCUGUUACUGUAAUUUACUUCUGGUAAUGAAACCAAGGAUUCCUCAAAAGUGCCCUAGGCACUGUAGCUUGCAAGCCUGAAGAAAUCUGCAGAGAGAAGACAAUGAAGAAAUGACAGUUUUAGAUGUGGGAGGAAAACCCCAGAAAAAUAUUCUGGGAAAACCCACAGAAUCAGGUAGGGACUGAAACCCAAUCCACGUGUGGACCAGGGCAGGAAUCGAACCCAGGCCACAGAGGCAGAAGGCGAGGAAAGGACCACCGUGCCAACCUGAUUCCCCACAGUUGUCUUUUCUGUGAGGAGAAGACAACGAAGAAGCUGGAAGCAUUCAAUUUGGACGUCAGAGGAAAACUCCAGAUAUAUAUUCUGGGCAAACCUCACAGUGUCAGGCACAGGCUAUAAAAUUGACAUAUGAGCCUGGAUUGGAUCACACAGGAGGAAGAUGAGAGCAUCACUGUGCCAAAAUUAUUCUCCACAAAAUAGAACGGAAUACAGGAAUUCCUAAGAUACGGGGAAUUCCUAAUCCAUAAUCUUGUAUUCAUAUAUUGCCCAAAAGGCUUUUCACUAAUCAUCCGUGGGUUCCAUUCAUAACGCAUAAGUAGGAAUGUUAAGGGAAGUGAACAAUUCUUUAUAUGCCACAGUGAUAUUUAAGAUUAUUAAAACAAUAAAUUCACAUUUUUUUUAUUUGAAGGAUGGUGUGCACAUGUAAAUGCACAUUGGAAUUGACUUCAAGAGGAAUUUAGACUUCCUUUACACUUACCAGAUUUUGUUUCGCCGCUUGUCUAUUUGAGUCACCAUCUGUUCUCCUACCCUGCCUUGCUAAGAGGGGGGGGGGGGGGGGGGUAGGGGAGGGGGUGUCAUAUCAUUUCCCCAUCAGCUACGGACCUUUCAAUGACACAAGCCACUUUAAAAAGGAAACUGGCCUGUCAAGUUGUUUCCAAUCCUGAAGAGAAAAUUCUCCUUUUUUUGUCACAGAGAUGAUUACUCACAGUAGUUCAAAGCAAAGUUCAUGCCCCCACUUCUAUAUUUGUUUCAGGGAGUCACUUAGUUUGAUUUCCACAUCUGUUUGCAUACAACUACACAUUAAUGCUAAAGAGUUCAGGCACAGCCCAGCAUUCAGGAUAGCUUAAUUUAAAGAAAGUAAUAUGAUGCAUUGUUGAUUAAUAAUAACCAUUGGUUCAAAACUAUACUGUCAUCGAAGACGCAUGAACGCGUGACAUCACAUAACAUCGUGUCAACGAUUUUAUCAAAAUAACUGCUGAUCUGGACUACUUCAUCGAGAUACUAAACUGCCUUAUUGGGAUAUGACUAUGACACAGUGUGAGGUGUUUUGUUUUAACCCCCAAAAAUGCAUUGUUUACGAGAGUUGGCACAGUAUCUUCACCGUGCUGGAAUUUCUUUCCCCUUUUAACGUCUGCUUGUUCCUAACCACUCAACCAAAGGGCUUUGCCGUUGGCAAAUCUCUUUAUAUUGAGAAAACUCAAAGUAUUUUGGGUACGUUAUCGCCAUGGUCCAUGCAUGUACAUUCUGUGCGCAAGAGGCAUGCGCACAUGGAGGUGUCGACCCAAGAUCGCCUGUUACAGAGAAUUAAUCCACAGAGUGCUUAAGCAAUUAAAUAGUCACUGCAGUGCCGUUGGAUAAGGUGGUGGGUAGGAGUGAAACUUUUGAAUGAACUAGAGAGUGCUGUGUUGAUGAUGAGUCCAAGAUGUUGCGUAGCUUGCGAAGCUCCUAAUUGUGUCAAGGAGCAUCCUCCUCUCCAUCAUGUCCAAAUGGCUCAUUUGAGCAAUCUUGUAUAGUCUUGUCAUCAGAUUCACAAUCUAUGACUAAAGAUAAAAUCUCUGUUCCAGACUUUCGUGAUUUAAAGCGAUUUAAACAUCUUUCCGCGACAAGGGGAAAUCAUUCUCCUGUCCAAGCCAUCAUGGUAUUCGAUGAAAAGCAAGUGACAUGUCUUUGGCACCAGUAACAGCUUAAGAACCGGGCUUGUCACACAUCAUUUGUCAGUGGUGUGAUUUUUAUAGCAACUUCGAGUUAUUUGUGUGUUGUUUUGGCUCGAGCUUUUUUGACUCAUCCCAUCAAACAAAGAGCCCGUCCUGGAUUAACGCCUCUGGAGAAUCGAGCCAAAUAUCAAGCUGCCAAUGUUGACAUACUGUGUGGCCUCCCACCCCAAAUCUGCACUGGGAAGAAUAAACACUCGCUGAACCCAAGACUAUCUCGAUUGCUGCUCUUCCAACAAGAAGUGACAGGCCACUUCCAGAUCGUCGUUUGUCACUUUCGGAUGCACCCCAUAUACAUCUGUGAUGAGAUGUGCGGUUUCGAAUCCAAUGAUUCCACUGGCGACCACUGGCAAGAGGAAGCCAUCUAAUGAAAUCGUGGCUUCAGGCCUGUUUCCAAUCUAACAAAAAUGCUUUAAAGUACACAAGUUUACUGAUGCCUGAACGGUUUUCUUUCUUUUUUCUCCCCAGUAAAAAUGGAUUACUGUUAACAAGCUGUUGCAGUUUUUAUUAUACUUCAAGAAUAUUUGAAUCCGAUCUUGUUGUUUCAAUUUGUUGAGGGGUUCAGCCUUUUUUUUUCUUUCAUAAAACAAUUGUCCCUCUGAAAUACGUUACAUCUAAUGGUAGAUAACUUCAUGCAACAUUGAUAUGAACCUUUUUCUGGCUCAGAAAACUGCAUGUGUGUCUGGUAUGACAAUUUUGACAGGAGUUGACACUGAGAAAUAUCAGGAUCUUUUCAGAAAUUGGGCUGCUGCAUGUGACUCACAUCACUUGGGAAUUGUAGAGGUGCAUUCACAUUUGGAUAGGUGAUGUGUGAUAUCCUUUCCCUAUUGUGCAUGACAUCAUCUGGUGAACCUUUUUUGAACACAUUUCUCACUAAAAAAACAGAUUUUUUUUUAACUAUUAUUAUUAUUAUAGAUUUAAGUCAACAUCUUUCUUGAAAGCACACAACAUUUCUGUCUUUUUAACUAGUCUGAGUAUCAUCCGUUGUUCACGGAGCCCUCUCCAUAACAAACGUCCGAUAUAUUAUGAGAGCAAUGCAAAUUUUAUGCGACCCCAUGCGCCAGUCAAUCGGAGUCGAAUUUAGAAAAUGUGACGUCAUUUCGAUCAGAAAUGUGGACUAAGCUGUUGAUUGGUCAAUUCUGCUGCCAUGCUUUUGUAAUUCAACAACGGGUUACUGGAGACUCGAUAGAAGGCGCCCGCUGAACGGUCACAAUCUCGAGAUCAAGGCACAUAGCUAAUAGCCGAAUCUGGGUGCUCAUAUGUCAUAUAUCCUUGCUGUUCAAGGGGAUAUUCUACAGACCCGCUGUUAUACAUUUUUUUUUUAAAUUAGGCGCUUCAUUUUCAAGACAAGCUUUUAAGACAAGCUUAGACUCGAUGAAAUCUGGCUUAAUUCCCUAAAAGCUAAGAGCUAUGAAUUGGCCUCAAGAGUAUUAUGAAUUGUGUCACUGGACUUUACAAGUUCAGUGUAUUUUCCCCCGAGAAAUCUCGGGGGAAUUUGGGGAUAUAAUUCCCACUAAACGGACUCGUCAUCAGCACUGUCAGCUUUUUAUCAUUAGGCCUGUAACUUCGCAGAAGGGGGUGUUUUGCAAGAGGUGUAUGAGGGAGGCAUUAACUGAUUAAUUCCCUGUGGCUGAGGAUCGAGUCCUAUUAGGCGCCUUAUCACCGCACACCCCUGGGACACCGCAGUUUUGGCCAUGGCACUGUGGCAUCUAUUGCAAAAUUAACUGCGACAUAUACACUGGAUAACUGAGGUGUCCCAAGAGUGAUAUCAAGCACGUGCUUGAAAAUACAUUGUAAUGAGGAUUGUUAACCCCCAUUUUAGUUUUGAUUAACAUGCCUUAGUUAGUAACUUAAGUUUUGUCCGAGACAUGUUUUACUUCCUUUAACAUAAUAACUGGUCAGGCGUCUUUUUUUUUAAAUAUUUUUUUUUUUUUUAAGUGGCCACAUGAUACUGCAGUGACUAAUACUCUUGGUGACUUAAAUAUCUGCAUAAGAUUUGAAUAAUAAAUCUCACUAGUGGAUUAAUGUUUGUUAAUCCACUGUGUUCAACUUUUGUUAUGUGCUUGAAGGCUAGAGGCGCAAUAGCAACUCGGAAUGAAAGCGUUGUUCAGAGGGUUGCAGCUGCCUAUGAUU